AUGGGAGAAGGCGGCCGCUUCCCGCUCGAGGAGUGGUUCUGGGAGAUGCCCGUCUGCACGAGGCUAUGGACUACCGCCACCGUCCUCACCAGCGCGCUGGUGCAGUGCAAGAUCAUCAACGCCUGGCAGCUCUUCUACAGCUACCGCGCAGUGUUUAAGAACGGACAGUACUGGCGAUUAUUAACGACCUUCCUCUACUUCGGACCCUUGUCCCUCGACCUCCUCUUCCACGUCUACUUCCUCCAACGAUACUCCCGUCUCCUCGAGGAGUCCUCCGGCCGGUCGCCCGCGCACUUCUCAUGGCUGCUCCUGUACGCCACAACCAGCCUGAUCUGCCUAGCCCCGCUAGUCGACAUGAUGUUCCUGGGCCACCCGCUGUCCUCGACCUUUGUCUACAUCUGGGCCCGGCGCAACCCGGACACCCGCCUCAGCUUCCUGGGCCUGCUGGUUUUCACCGCGCCCUACCUGCCGUGGGUCCUUAUGGGCUUCAGCCUGAUCCUGCACGGCGUCAUACCCAAGGAUGAGCUGGUUGGUGUCGUCAUCGGUCACAUCUGGUACUUCUUCAACGACGUCUACCCGCCUCUGCAUGGCGGCUCGAGGCCCCUGGACCCCCCGAUGUGGUGGAGGAGGUUGUUUGAGGGCAGGAGGGACGAGUCGGUGAAUGAUGUCAACCAUGAGAUCGCGGUUGCUGGCGCCGAGGUCGCGCCAGAAGUGCGAUGA